AUGCAAGCCGGUAUUGCAACGACAUCAACAACAACAGCGGCGAGCAAGGAAACAUUGCUAAUACAUUUAUGCUCUAAAAUCAGCAGUGGUAACAACAACAAUAACAACAGCAAAAAGGCAAACAACAAAAAGAAGAGCAAAUAUUUGACAUGGUACAAAAUAGUGCCCGAACGAAACAACCACCAACACAGAAAAAACAACAACAACAUCGAGCAUUACAUACACAAGCGCAACAAAGGUUUCGGCGACGACUGCUACAACUACAGCAACAACAACCACAACAACACUGUAACGUCGACGCGCGACGAACAAAUUGGAAACGUAGACGGAAACGCCGGCGGAAACGGAAGUGUUCGGGUAGUGCAUACGGGAAAUGCCAAUAAAAGUAGAAUAAGAAAAAGUAAAAAUAGUUACUACAGUGUAAAUAAAAUUGUGUUAGCUACAAAUGGGAGCAACGCGUCGAGUAGGCAUCUUGUAAAUAAAAAUGUUGUAAAUAGUGUAAAUAGGAGCAGGGUGGAAACGCCGAGCGCACAGGUGAAGAGAGAUGUUGCCGCAGGAGGCAACGAUUUUUCAAAUGUCAAAGGCACACAAAGCACGGGCAAAGUGCAAUUCAGAGAAAAAGUGUUAAAUAUGAAUAGAAGUGCAAAUGUGAGUUUUUCCAAAUACUUAAAUAAUAGUUCCACAAGUUCGAAAGUUAGUUUAGAAGAUUUAGAAAACAAAUCUGAAAAUUUUGUUAGCCAACAAAAAUCGCAAAUAUUUGUGAAUGGUCUUUUUUCGCGUGCACAAAUUUCUACCGGCUUACAAAAUCAGUUACAAGCAAGAAAUAACAGUGCUACGAAUACAGCAACAUCAGCAACAACAACAACAACAACGGAAAGCGUAAUAUCCACACGUCUCGAUUACAUUGUGAUUACCGAUUAUAAUCGGCCACGAAAACGUACUUUUUGGCAGAAAUACGGUGAGUAG